GGCAAAACUCACUUAAUAAAUGUUUCACUUAGCAACAUAAAUUUGGGGCUCAAUUGUGGUCAUAAGUUGAAGACUACCUGUAAAUGAUUUUCUUGCUUGAAUCAGCUUGGAAAUUGUUUUGAUCUCUUGUGGGGAUAAUCCUGCUUGAUUAUUUAACUUUGUAGACACUGGUAGUCACAGAAGACUUUUGAAUAUAUUCUUGGAAAGACACAAGUAACACCUGUUUCUUUUUAUAAAGAAAAAUGAGCUGUCCUACUGUAGUUUAGUUUUAGGGAUAGCAAGUAUAAUUUCCCAUUUUUCUUAAACAACAAUGCAUGCGUGUCUUGUCAAUUUUUUUAUGUUGUAUCCACAUGAUAUGUCUUUAUCUCAUCUUUUAGCUAUGAGUAAGGCAGCAAGACAGUCUACUGUCUUAGUAUUAAAGAAACAUUUCCUCCUUUUGUGAUACCACCCAAGGUAUCACAAGGGCAUCCUGAAAGGGUACUGAAUUAGGCUUUGUUAGGACUGUGCAGCACUUUGGAUCGAAUCUCCCAGAGGUUGCUUCAAUGGGUAAACAUGGCACCUGCUUGGAAUCCCUUGAAACAGCUCUUAACUGUUUCCAGAAAUAGAUUUCAGAAAAGAUUGGCAUCCUAUCCACCAGUCAACUAAAGUGAAGAGUUCAAAAUUACUAUGAUGGAGCAAGAGCAAGAAUGGGAAAACUUAAACAAGUUAUUAAGACAACAUGGCUUAAGACCUGUAUGCCUUGAUAUGCCUGGAAGUUGCGGAAAUGUGCCAGACACAGAGAAAAUUGUUAUGGACAAACAGUCCUCGGAAGCAGUACAGCAUGCACUGAAAACAUUAAUGGAAGAAACAGAGCGUCAGCGAAAAAUCAUUCGUGGCUUGAUAGAAGACAAUCACCAGCUUAGAGAUGAAUUGCGCUUGGAGAGAAGUCGGGCUUCCCGACAGGAACAACGAGCUAAUGAUUUGGACGUUAUUGUGGAAAAUGUCAAACAUAAAAUAUGUCAACUGGAAGACGAGUCAAUAGCUAAUGCUUCUCAGCAACAUAACCAAGUCAGAGAUCUUCAAAAAGAUCAUGAAAUUUCACAGGCAGUGUACCGCCACCAAGCGAAACAGUUGGAGGAGCAAGAAGAGAUGAUUGCCCAUUUACAAAAGGAGCUUUCUAAGCUGGGUCUGGAAGAGCAGCAGCGUAUCGCCACUCAGAAAAAAAUGUUCCGCCAGUUUUGUAAGCAGGCUCCAAGAACUCAUUUGGAUCAGCAGAUUGGGUGUCUAAUUGAUUAUUAUGAAUCUCAGAUCAGCCAUAUAAGAAAAGAACUAAGGAAAUACAAGAAAGAGAUCAAUCAUUUACAAGACGAAGGAAAAGAUGAGGAUGAAUUCUUGAAGAAUAUAGAUGCUACUGCUAAUUACAAAGCUCUGCUUAUGUCUUUCCAGACACAAAUAAUUGAAACAAAAGCUCGAAAUGAACAGCUUAUGCAUGAAAAUACUAAUCUCAAGAAAGAGAUGGAAAUUAGGCCAACUGUGCAAGAACUAAAAUUUUAUAAACAGCAAGUGAAGAAGCUGGAGAAAAUAUUAAAGAACAUCAAAUCACUUGAGAGCAGUGAAGAAGAAAACAUGAAAGAAAAUAGAGAACUUAAAAAAGAUUUGGGAGGAAGCCAGCUGCAGGAAGUUUGCAGAAGAUAUUUACAGGUAUUAUCCAGCAUUGACUCUAUCAUCAGAAGCCCAAGGAGAGCUCCUCUAAUAACACUCAUGCAGAAAAAGGGCCUUGGGAAAAGCUGCACUGAGGAGGGAAGUGGAUUUGAGCAUCUCCCUGUUGUGAUUGAAAUCUGGGCUGACCAGCUAAUGGCCCUGAAGAUCUUGCAUCAGUCCCUGAAAAAGCUAUCUCUACAAUUAGUUCCUUGGUAUACCAAAACUAUGCAGGAUACCAAUGAAUGUAUUAGAGUUGAGGACCUUCAGCAAAUAGUAAAUGAAAUCUCUGAAGAAGUAGGCAAUGAAGAAAAGAAAAGUCUGAUUCCUUCACAACAAACCUUGUAUACCAUUGUCUGUCAUUUUCAAAAACUGUUUGAUGUGAAGACCCUAAAUGGCAUUUACCCUCGAAUGAAUGAGGUUUAUACAAAACUUGGUGAAAUGAUCAAUGCUAUGAGGAACCUCUGUGACCUCUUAGAACUAGAUAGCUCAGCACCACCUAGUGUCCUGGUGAACACUGUUGGAAAGCUAUGCAAUUUGUUUAAUGAGAAUGUGGCCUGGCAGGUGGAACAACUCCUGGGCACACAAGACAUUGAAAGCAUUAUCUACAAGUUAGAAGAACAUGAUGACUUUUUCCCAGCAUUUCAUGCUCUUAUUAACAGCUUACUUCGUGUCCUGGAAGUCAGAAGUCUCUCAGAAAUAUUACCUGCUGUACAGAAGCUGAAAUGGAUGGUCCAAUAAUAUAAACUAAAUGUAAACUUUUAACAUGUUGACUACCUCUUAAUGUAUUUUUCAAUAUUUUUAUUAAAAAUGUCUGAAUGGAA